AUUUUGUGGUAAUAAAUUUGAUGACUAUAUGGAUGACUCUGUCGACCAUGAAUCCACGGAAACUGGAUUAGAGGAGGAUCUUCCGGUAACUGCCGAACUGUCUAACGGGUUGUCCGAAACUCAGAAUCUAGAUUCCUCUCCAUCCAAAUUGCCAUUGAAUGAAACGAUCACAGAGCCUCUUUUAGGAUCGCCCGAAGAAAAACUCAGUGGUCAAAACGUAUUUGAAGAACUAGUUAAUGCUUGCACAUUUAAAGGCACUCUUAAAGCGUUCAAACGUCUAUGCAACACUCUUAAUAUUGAUCCAAAUGCGGACCACAGGCAGUUUUACACCAAACUCAGUUCUUUGGUGCUAACGUGGAGAGCGAAACAUCUGUGGGCUAAACUGUCGAAGCGCGCAGGUGAGCCCGUUUACCAGAAGGGAAAUGCGGCCAUCAAUUCUAAAGUUCUCGUUAUAGGGGCAGGUCCCUGUGGGCUUCGAACUGCCGUGGAGUGUGCUUUUCUGGGUGCGAAAGUAGUUUUAGUGGAGAAACGAGACGCGUUCACAAGGAACAAUGUUCUACAUCUGUGGGACGUCGUCAUCAGAGACUUGACCUCUCUGGGUGCUAAAAAGCUGUACAAAAAGUUUUGUAUAUCCUCCAUUGACCAUAUCAGCAUCAGGCAGCUUCAGUUGAUACUCCUGAAGAUUGCACUACUGCUGGGAGUCGAAAUUCACCACUCAGUCUCGUAUGAAGAUGUAAUAAUGCCAGAAUCAGAAGACGAACUGUGGAGAGCACGUUUAACGUCGGCGGAUCCUGAGACAGAAAAACGACUGAGUGAGUACACGUUCGACGUUCUCAUUGGUGCCGAUGGUCGCAGGAAUUCGUUCGCGGAUUUCAAAAGGUACGCUAAUCGUGCUAAACUAGCAAUAGCUAUCACUGCAAACUUCAAAAACGGACACACAAACGAGGAAAACUGCGUGCCGGAAAUAGCAGGUGUGACUUCCUAUGCAAAGCCAGAUUUGUUCCGGAAGUUAGCAAUGCAGAAAAUCAAUUUAGAGAAUGUCGUCUAUUACAAAGAUGCGACACAUUAUUUCAUCAUGACAGCCCACAAGUCGAGUUUACUGGAGCGAGGUGUAUUAAUAUCGGACUACGCAGAGACUGAUAUGCUAUUGGCUGAAUCGAAUAUUAGCCAAGAAGACCUUCUGAAGUUUGCACAUGAUGCAGCAGCGGUCGCUACAGACAAUGCGCUGCCUUUGAACUUUGCUAAAAACCAUUACAAUCAACCUGAUGUCGCAAUGUUUGACUUCACUUCCAUGUAUUACGCUGACAAUGCAGCUCGGGUAUACAAAAAGCAUGGUAAAUUUUUGCUCAAAAUGAUGGUGGGAGAUUCGCUCAUAGAACCUUUUUGGCCUACGGGUUCCGGAAUCGGGAAAGGUUUCUUGAGUGCGUUUGACGCUGCUUGGACAGUGAAAAACUGGAGCAGUGGAUCUUGUAGCGUGAAUCAAAUUCUAUCGGAGCAUGAAGCUUCUUAUAAAAGCCUUUUUACGUUGCUUUCAUCUGACCGACUCAAAUCAUUGCCUGCAAGACAGUUUUAUCCUUUAGAUCCAGCCGCCAGAUACCCGAGUUUGAGCAUGCCUUCUCUCAGGGACGUGAAUAAGUUGUUCAUUACGGAUGAUCCCGAACAGUCAAAGGACUCUCAAGGUGAUGUUUUGCCUCAGAAACAACUUGACAACACAGCUUUAUUGCACUGGGUGCAGAAGACACUUCUCAAGUGCGAAAAAAAUUAUUCGGAUUUUGUGAAGAUUGAAGAUCUUACCCGUUCUUGGCAGGAUACGCGAGCAUUUGCUGUGCUGUUGCAUAUAUUCCAUCCGGAACUGAUUAACAUUCACAAACUGAGGGCUCUAAGGCCUGACGAAACGGCCGAAUUGGUGUUCAACAAGCUGCCAGCAGUCGGGAUCUAUCCAGGUAUUUCCCACUCGGAAUUCAUAUCCGAGGUUCCAGACGAACUCUCAGUUCUUUCCAUCUUGGUGCCUCUAUACCAUAGAUUUCGCGACGUCACGCCUGCGAGCCAACUGCCCAAGUAUAAUAAGAUCGUAGACAACAGUUCCGAGUUCGCAAUGCCGAAUAAUACGAGGUCGGGAGACGAGCGAAAGAGCCGACAAAACAAUCACAGACAACACCACUAUCGCAAUAUCUCAGUAAAUCCUUCGCCCAAUUCUAAAAAUGGAGAUAACAGUAUACCUUUAUUUGCCAGAGAAAGCUCAGUUCCCAAAUCAGCGGCGAAAACCAAAAACCCGCGACAGAUCAACAAGCUGGACUUGAGUGAAAAUAAAUGGAUUGAGUCACUAAAUGACGAUACAUUCAAACCUUCGAAGAGUGCUGAUAAGAAAUCAAACAGGCCAAGGAGAGCUUUAAGGUCAGUCGGAGGUUCUGAAGAUGUUGGAGGUGAAGUUUCCGACAACUCUUCAAGUCCAUCCAACUCGCCAGCAAAGAGUUCAAAGACGGUCCAGAGAAAAUCAGGCGCAGAAAAAGUGAAAUGCCUAUAUUGUAAAGAAGACGUAUUGAUGCUGGACCGGAUGUUGCUGGAAGGCCAAUACUUCCAUCGAAGUUGCUUCAGAUGUAUCUACUGCAAGAAACUUCUGACUGAACAAACGUACAGUUACUUCAAGAGCGAGGAGGAUAAAUCCAAUCACUUUUAUUGCAGCACUCAUUACAGAUGGCGAACAGAAGGAUUCAUUGGGCCACCUAGUCAAGCAGCCGAAAAGCUUCCUGGCUAUAAGGGUAGUGUGUCGAACGUGGGCGAGAAAAAGAGAAGCACGGGAGGAGGAUUGGCCUCGCUGUUGACAGACAUACCAAUCCAGCAGGCUGUAAAGCCAGUUGAGAGGAUUCAAAUUGAGGUGUCCAAAGCUCAUCCAGCCAGUAAGCGCGAGCUCACAGAAGAAGAAAUGUCGGAUAUCAAUUAUGGACCAGGUUACCAAACGGCGGACAACAAUAGCGAGGCAUCAAGUGACGAAGCCUCUGAUUUUACGUCCAGUAAUUUACUCGAUUCAGCAGUCAUGUCUCAGGAUGCAAUGACAAAUUGGAGAGAAGUUUACAGUGCAAGAAUGUUCGUAUCAGGUGUACACCCAAAUAAAGCUGCCCAGGACGACAAAUCGAAAAAUGCGAAAGGCAAGGACGCCAUGCGAUCCAAGCGGAAGCAAGUUGAGAGUGAGGAUGAUGCCGACGAUGAAGGUGACACGGAAGUGGAAAGAAGUGACAACGAAGACGAAGACAGUGGAACUGAAAUCGAAAACACCAAAUCGGAGUCAGAAGGGUCAUCAUCUAAUGAUAGUAGCACAAACACUGCUCAAGAGUUUUCGGAGACUGAGCCCAUGACAAAAUCGCUACCAAUAAGUAUGCAGAAAUCGCCAGUCAGAAAGAAAUCGAAGCCGCCGAGGGUCAAGCUUCCGAUGAGUGCGGCACGAAUUCAAACUGAAGACUCCGAAACUGAGGUUGAAGGAGACAAAAUAAAGAAUAUGAUUCGAAGGAGAGCGAGAAGACCUCGUCCUACUAAAGAACGGAUUACUAAGGUCACGUCUGCUGUGAUGCGUCUGAAAACUGAAGUGCAGCCAGAACCGAUGAGUCUGGACGUUCUCUUGGGGGGCAAUAACAACAAGUCGCCAGAAAAGAGGAUGGGACAGAAUUUGGAAGAUACCUCGCCAGAUGCUCCAGCACCUCCGCAAAGCAGUAUUGUUCACAGAAGGGAAGUAAUCAAAAUCAGAAGUAAUUUUCUAGAAGCGCAAAAUCAACCGGAAAACUCGCCUGAAAGACCGACAGCCGACUCGGCUAUGAAGACCGAAAAGCCGGUUGAUGCACCAGAAAAUGUUGAGAAAUCAGGAGACGCGGACUCUGCCAAACCUAACAUAAUUUCAAUCGAAAAGAAAGAUUUGACAAGAAAGACUUCAACCUCGUCUGGGACAGGUGCUUCUAUAGCAACUGCAGCGCAGGAACAGAUUGUCAAAAAGACCCUUGACUUCAUUCCGCAAUCUUCAGCUUUAAGUCUCAUGGAACAAUUGGACCAAACUUACAAGCAGUACAAAAGAGAAGACAAACCAGCUCAACCUGAACCCUUGAAACAGGUGCGCAUCAUAACUCCUCCUCCUGAAGAGAAAUUUGCAUACGCUGACAAGGAAUCGCCACCUGUGCCUGCUUUUGAUCCAAGGGUCAACGUCGAGAACUCCGUCAGAAAAGCUUUGGGAUCGAAAACACGAGAAGAGGAGAGAGCGGAUAGAAAAGCAAAAUUGGCCAGUUUGAAAGCAGCUCAUUUUGGAGGAGGAGCUAGUGGGACUGAGAUUGUCAAACGGGUUCCCGAUAGUGACCUCAAAGUGGCAACAAACAGUACGAAACCAACUGCAGUGAGUCCAACAUCGCCGCCUCCUGCUACAGCGAAGCCAGUUGUGAAGCCUUUUAAAAUGACUACAUACAUGUCUAAGGAGUUUACAAAAGUACCUGGAGCAAAUACUGUGAAUGUUGAGAAUAAGUUCAAUAGUUCUAUUCAAGUGCCAAUCAAAGCAACCGGCCUUCAAAUAUCAAAAGACACGGGAAAAAUCAUUUUGCAGCAAAACGCUACAGAGUCCAAGAAAAUGACACGAGCUGGAGAAGUUCUCGAGAGUAAUAAGUCUAUUGAGAACAAAUCCUGGAUACGGCCAUUGAGUGUUAAUAUCAGUCCCCCUCCUAGCAAUGCAAUUGGAGGAGUCACAUCACCGAAAGCUAUUGAAAGUUCAAACCCUGUUACAUCUGGAAGUCCAAGCAAGAAGUCAAAAUCGCCUUCAGGGUCCCAAAGCACCAAGUCUUCGAGCUCAUCGAUUACGUUUCCAUCUCUUUUUGGAUCUCGAUCGUCUUCCAUGACUUCGGAUGCGAAGCAGAUAAAUGCGAGUCGAAGACCUAAUUCUACUGUGGUCACGAGUAAAACUAGCGAGAAGGACCCUUUUGUGAAUUCCCCCGACAGUGAGAGCGCCCUGUCGGGGCCUAUAUCGCCAGAGGUCCCAGGUUCCCAAAAACCCACAACCAGCGGUAGUGAUUCACAGCAAGUGAAGCACACGAAGCUCAACUCGACUGUUAAAGUCACUCUCCUAGAGUCGAGACCCCAACCGAUUCUCAGUUAUAAAGUACCUGAAAAGAAACCCCAAGUAUGUCUAACAGACAUCGAAGUAAACGACGACCCAGGAGUUCUUUCCGAUACUACCCAAAUAAAGUCACCCAAGUCAGGUAGUAUGAAAUUUUUUAAGAAAUUCAAGUCAAGUUUUUCUUCAGAAAAGGCGUCUAAAUUGAAGCAGCAGAAAUCAACGUCUGCCUUGAAUGACGCUUCAAUUUAUUCUGACGACCAAGGAGGAAAAACAAAGACUCUUGGUGCUGAGAGUCGUAGUCCGAAUUUGCCCACGAAAAAAGAAAAGAAUUUCUUUGCCGGUCACUUCAGAAUCAAAUCGGCCACACUCAAAAACGAGAAACUAGGAAGCAUGCCUUUAAAGGAAAACAAUAAAUCCGAUUCCAAACUGGGUUUGCACGCUGGUUCUGGAAAUCAAAGAAAGUCUUCUCAGUCUUUUAAAGACAAAGAAAAAGUUGAGAGGAGGUCAGAACAUGUUCCUGUUCAGGCCUCAAAUAUCUCAGAUGACGAGAGCACUUUAACUGAAAAGAUCGAAAAACCAGUGGAAAGUCAACCAGUUUCAUCUGUACCGAACGAGCUAGAAAACGGUCUCAUAAAAGAAGCGCCGUUGGCUGAACCGGAAGGUAAAAAUGAAAUUGACGACAGUAAGCCAAAGAAAGCACCGGCAUCACCUGAGAAGACAGAAACAAGGCCCGAGACGCCGGUUCGGAACAAUCACGAGAACAAAGCAGCCGCCGAAAUGCUAAAGAGCAAUCGGAAAGCAAGACAGACCAAACAGAAAGAGAAAAUUAAACAGAUGCAGCUGAAAUUGGGGUUGAAGUACCUACCCGGAACACUUGACACCAAAAUAGACUCAAUAACUGAUUUUUGUGGUGGUCGAAGAACUUCUGGUGUGAACAAAGACUUGGAUGACCUUUACAAUGAAGUUGCAAGCUCGGAGAAAGGUCUGCCGUACUACAAGCAAACGGAUUUACGAAGAUCCAUGGAGAAGCUUACGGAUGGCAAACUGCAAUCGUUUGAGAUAGUUCUGGAAAACGACGUACCAUCUAACGAAAAUGUGAAUAAAAAAGGAGUUGAAAAUGGUAACAGAGAACUAGAUUUAGUGCAGAUGGAAUUGAUUGCAAAACGAAUGGAAAACUUGGAACAUGUUAGCCGGUGCCAGAAUUUGGAACGAGUGACACGCGAGAUAGAAGAGAAAGAGAUUCUUCUCAAAGCAAUCAGCGAGCGAGGAGCCUUAAUUGAAAAGAGCGUUACGGACAAGAAAGUAAAGAAGAAAGAUAGGCAAGAGUUGACUCAAAAAUGGGUUGAAAUUAAACAGGAGCUAGACUCAAAAACUGCCGAAAUUUCAGAACUCGUCUACAUGCGAGAGCAGCUGAUACUGGACGUUAGGCAUUACAACCUGAAACAAGAAAUCCGAGAACUGAUGAACGUCAAAGAAACUGAGAAAAGCGAAGCCCAGAUCGAACGAGAGAAACAGCUGCUUCAAGAGAUCAUAGAAGUGGUCGAUGAGAAAAAUCAGCUGGUCCAAAAAUUAGAAAGCGAGCGCCUAUUGGAUGAGCAAUUACAUUCGGAUACGGGCGCAAAUUCUACAACAUCGGCUAAUGUAGAUGGCUCGAAUCCUUCCCUAAAGCCGAAAAGAAAGAUCAAGACUAUGUUCAAGAAAUGACGAAGCUUACUAUUACGACAAAAAUACGAAACAAUAACUUCUGGUUUUUGGAGAAAAAAAAAAUUUUGGCACGUGAAAUAGUUGGAUUUGUGCCUUUCAAUCUUCAAUUUGUCAUCUGAUUGUGCUCUCAAGGUACAUCUGACCUGUUUGUCGAAUACAGUAUUUGUUUUCACUUAUUCUAAACAUACAACUGAAAAUAGUAUCUUAUUUAUGACGAAUGAUUGUGUUGACUCGAACUCGUUUUGAUACAUUGCAUGAGGUUUUAUAUCCGAUCCGAAGCAACAGUCUAGAUGUAGUGGCAUUUUGAUUCUGUAUUAAAAUUUCCCCUCUUAUGAUAGUAUUAACAGAACAAUAUUUCGUUGAAGUCGAAGUGACGAUUAAAGUUAUGUGGAUGAUUGCUUUUGAAUUAUUUUGAUAAAAUUGCCGUUAUUUUUUAUUGAUUGAAAUCAAACAUACUCAAAUUUUUGUUAUAGUUUCAAAUCACAAUAUUUUGUUUAAAUUGUAGAUUUAGCUACUAAUAACUGUCUGAUCAAGUUCCAGAUAGACUCAUUGAAAAAAUGAGUACUUAAUCAUAAUAUUCACACUAGUUUUGAUUUUAGAAGCUGAUCAGUUCAUUCAUUUUUUGUUGCGAUUUAAAUUAAGUGGAAAAUUGGGCUUCAAUAUUUUUCCUCCAUCCGUGCUGAAGACGGCACAUUUUACUGACCCAUUGCUUCCAUAUUGCUCUGUUUAUGAUUAUUCUUAGUCCCCACCGAUGGACAAUAAGUGCUCAUCUUUCUCUAACCGGUUAAGCACAGUGGUUUUUAUGACAGACUUGAUUUAUUGGCAAGAUUGAUGACGCGAAUGUCUGUGAUGUUUUGUACCUUCUUGUGGUACACAUUUUCUAUUCCCAUGCUUGUGCUACAAAAAGACCCUCCUCUCAUUCAAAUAAGUUAAAAAUUGUAAAUUGAUUUCGUUGACUUGAAUACACGACUGCUUGCUUGCCCUUUUUAAUUUGGACCAGUUAAAUUUACCACAACUAAACAAAACCUAGUGAUGCAGUUAAAUAAUUAGAAUGUGUCUCAAGUUUUGAUGUUUUGCGUGAAAAUAACCAUCAGUUGAACUGAUGUCGCCCUUUUUCCUAUCAUCCUCUCAUCUAAUCUGAAAAUUUGCCUGUCUGCCACUUAGUCAUUCAUUACAUGCGAUCAAUCAUUCAAUGGAAUCCGGUGAAAAUAUGCGCAAAAUUAUUCAUGCAGCAUUCAUUUUUUGCUGUUGGUAAUGUUUGGUAUAUAUAAUAAAAUGGAACAUCUGAACCGUAUAUUGACCAUGUUGUGACCUGAAUUAGAACUUAUAUGCUCUAAGUUGAAAGCGAUUGUUUAAAUUGAGCGACAAAUGUCUGAUUUGUCUGAAGAAAGCCAAUAGAUUAACGCAAAUACCAUUGAUCCUGCUAUUGUUUCGACAGAACUUUCGAUCACUUGAGUAAAUUGGCAUUAUUCUUAGAUCUAAAUUUGAACAUUUGCAAAAUAAAUGAAGCCAUUGAAAUGGGAGAAAGGGCUGAACUUGAUCCGAAGUUGGCCAAGAACCUGGAACAAAAAUGGAUCUAAUUUAGGUUGCUACGGAUUGGCGUUAAAGGUUGAUUUGUGAAUAACGUCUUGUGCUCAUAAAUUUUCUCAAAUACAUUAUAAUGCUGGUCUAUUUAUUAGCAAUUAGAUUGACCGAUUUGAUAAAUAGUUUUAUAAUUUUAAUUCACUUUUUUCGUAUUCAGA